UUUUGAUUUUUGCAAUGCUUAUUUCAAAGAUUUCAAAACAAAUUGAAAAUAUUCAGUUCAGUUAAGAGAAUACGAUUUUUUAAGAAUAUACGUACUUACUAAAUAUUUACUAUGCCUCAAGUAUUUCAAGUCUUACGAUGUUAUAAAUGUUUGGUCUUCCAGGUCCACCAAACAAAGAAAUCAAAUAAAUGGGAAUGUAAGUUGUGUGGUGAAAAGCAAUCGAUCAAAAGACAUUAUGGAAUAAGCACAGCCAAAGAUUGUAGAUUACACGUUCAAAAACUAAACGGCAUGAGAGGUGAAUUAGACGGCCUUAAAAACGAAUCAAAUAAUAGUGACAGCAGUGAAACUGAAGAAAACAUACAGCCGGUUAAAGCACCUGUAAAGAAUAAUUACUCUCCCUUAAAAAACAGUAAGUGGUCUAACUAUGCGGAAAAAACUGAAAACGUUGUUCAGAAUACUGAUGAAAAGAUGUCCUUAGGGGAUGCAGAAGUAGUGUUGGAAAUUCCACAAAAGCGGAGAAAAAUAUUUCAAAACGUCACUAAAAAAUUUCCUAAGACUACACCAUCCGAUCAUGUGGGUAUUCCGGAAAAUUUAAAUGAUCAAAUUGCAUUACCUGAAACUAGACCAAUUGCUAGCAAUUGUACAGUCAGCUUUGAUCAAAAAACCUCAGAUCUAAGUUCUCAUUCCAAACACCAAAAUGAAGUAGAACCUUUUAAAACUAGGAAUAGUAAUAAGAAGUUUGUUCCACCAAUAGUAAAUAAAAAUUCAAAAUGGGCACAGUUUACUGAUACAGAUCAAAGUCAACAGUCAGAUAUAGAACCUUCACAAAGUAUUGAAACAUCUCAAAAUAAUGUGCUGUUUUCAUUAUGUGAUGAUACCGAUCUUGAUAAUAUUUUAGAUUUUUAAAUGUCCCUUAGGUGUCUUAUUUCAAUAUCUAUAUCUGAGUGAGUAUUUUAAGAGGACAAAUUUUGUAUCAAAUCUUCAUAUGUUGUGUUUUUAGUUAAGAAGAAUUAUUAAAAGGCGAUUGUUUUCCAA